GUAUUAAGUAUCACAUAAAAGCACAUCUCCUUAAAUACGGUGAGGAAUAUUUGUCUAUUAUGUAAUAAUGCAUGUUAUGUUUAUCAGCUAGCUCGGCUAUAGUCGCAUGCAGAUGACGCCAGACUUUUGACAUUGGAAUGGAGCGUGACAGAAGGACUUCUCUCUGUAGACUGACAUAAUAUUUGCUGCAGUCAUGGCUCUAACUCAGCUUGCAAGAACCCUCAGUGGACUCCUCGUUGACUCGUCGUCCAUAAUUUGUACGAGGACUUUUAGUGUAUCUGCUGCUGCUGCGGCCAUUCAGAAGAUGACAAGGGUGCGUGUAGUUGACAACAGCCCUCUUGGAAACACACCGUAUCACCGUCCACCAAGAGUGAUCCAUGUCUACACCAAGAAUGGCGUUGGAAAAGUUGGUGACAAAGUGUUGCUUGCCAUCAAAGGCCAGAAGAAGAAAGCUCUCAUCGUUGGACACAAAAUGCCUGGAGAACGCAUGACCCCGCGCUUUGACUCGAACAAUGUCGUUCUCAUAGAGGACAAUGGGAACCCCACAGGAACCAGGAUUAAGGUCCCCAUACCCACACAUCUUCGUCAAAUGGAGGGAGAUUACUCUAAGGUGUUGGCAGUUGCCAGUGCAUUUGUCUAAUGACUUCAUUCAUGCUUGUUAAUAUAGUUUUCAAUAAACUUUAAAGGAA